GCUGACUGCAGCUUAGCAUACACUUCCGCAUCAGCAUCAAGCAAGCAACAAUGGCCAACCGCUUCACCAAGCCCUCCGUUGUCAUCGUCGGCUCGGGCGAGUUCGGCUCGACGACCGCUGUCGAGCUCCUCCGCUCCGGCAACUACUCGAGCGUGACUGUCCUCGACCGCCUGGCUCAGGUGCCGGCCGUCGACGCCGCCUCGACCGACAUCAACAAGGUCGUGCGCUUCGACUACGCCGACGAGGAGUACGCCAUUCUUGCUCACGAGGCGGUUCAGCGCUGGCUGCGCCCCGAGUGGAAGGGCAUCUACUUCAACACCGGCUGCCUCGUGCGCGGCCUCACCGACCCCCAGUCGCAGCGCAUCUAUAAGAACUCGUGCGACCUUGAGCCCCGCACCCGCCUCCUCCACGACCCCGAGGAGAUCCGCAAGGUUCUCUCGCCCUCGGGCAAGGCCGUUAUCGGUGAGAAGGCGCUCAUCAAGUCAUUCCACAACCCCCAGGGAGGAUGGGUGCACGCCUCGGGAGCCAUCAACAAGCUGUACGAGGAUAUCAAGUGGCUCGGCGGAAAGAUUGUCACUGGCGCCGACGUGAUUGAGCUCAUCAAGAACGAGGACGGCAGCGACGUGGUCGGUGUCCGCUGCGCGGACGGCCGCGAGUUCAAGGCGGACAAGAUCAUCAUGGCCAUGGGUUCGUGGACCGGCGGCCACCCCGCCCUCCGCGGUGUCUUCCCCGAGAACCUCCUCGUGCCCACCGGCCAGACCGUCGCUGCCGUCCAGCUCACUCCCGAGGAGCACGCGCGGUACGCCGACAUGCCGACGAUCGCCAACCUCGAGGGCUCGGGCUACUACCAGUUCCCGCCCAACCAGACAGGCCUCGUGAAGUUCGCCAUCCACGCCGGCGGCUACAUCCUUCCUAACAACAUCCCCCGCACCGCCGCCGACCCCAAGGCCGUUGACUACACCGCUAAGAACCGCGUGGGCUGGAUUCCGCGACAGAGCUUCAAGAGCAUGCGCGAGAAGUUUGCCGAGCUCUGGCCCGAGCUCGCCAAGAAGCCCAUGGCCUUUACUCGCAUGUGCUGGUACUCUGACACCCCCGACGGCAACUGGGUUAUCGACUUUGCGCCGCAGUACCCGUCGCUCCUCAUUGCGUCGGGCGGCGCCGGGCACGCGUUCAAGUUCCUGCCCGUCAUGGGUGAGCUCAUCAAGGGCCGCCUGGAGGGCCACCUCCCCGCCAACCUUGUCAAGAAGUGGGCGAUCAACCGCGAGGUGCCACUCGUCGACCUCGACCGCGAGGGCCGUCCUGGCCGCCAGCCCCUUGUUCUCGGCGACCUCACCACCCUCGAGGAGUUGGGACCUCUGGCGCCCAACGCCGAAAAGCGCGAGUCGCGCCUGUAAGAUAGUGAUAGUGGUCACAUAGAGCCGACGAGAGCCGGGAUCGCAUGGAUUGUAGGGAUAAUGCAUAAGACGUCAUCAUGG